GUGUUUUUCCUAACCUUAAAAUUAAUUUCCCGAAAUUCGGUUCACUGUUUGGUGCAUUGUUUUGUUCCAUCAAAUCAACUAGGUUUCGGCAGAUAAUCAUGCCAUUCCCGGUCGCUCCAAAACCGUAUCGUAUAUUGGCCAAGGUGAAAGAGCUGUCGAAAGCCGAAGAUGGCGUGAAAUACAUGAUCAAUCGAAAUCCGAGAAAUUUGGAACGACUUCGCAUUGCAUACAAACCAGCCGGAUAUCAUUUGGAGAAUCCAGGACGAAGUUUUUGGCACAAAUUGGAAUUGACUGCUAACUCUCAGGGUGUAACAGCGCAAAUUGUUCACUUCAAAAAUGGACCAGUACUACAGGCGAGCACUACUGAAUGGGCCAUAAGAAGGAAUCUUUAUAAAACAACGGACACAUCCGCUUACGUGAACUUAGCAAGAGUAUUUGCUCAACGGUGCUUAGAGUCAGGUCUAACAGAAAUGUCGUCCACCAUCAGUGGCACACCGGACGGAAAGGUAGACAAAUUCUUGAAAACUUUGGAGAAAGAAGGCGUUCGAUUGGAAGAGGCUGAACAAUACAAACCAGAUAGACCGUGGAAUAUACACAGACCGGAGAAACCAUGGGAAGUAACUGAAUGAGAUAAUAUCGAUUUGUGGCCGUAUCCGAUUAGUUUCAAUUAAAUUUAUUUCAACGAUCGAUUA